AUGUCGGUGCUGGGGCGCACCAUGUACUCAUGGUUGACGGCAUGGUCGCUUGUGGUGAUGUUCCUGGGAUUGAAUGUGCAACGGGUAGCAGCGGACAAUACCAGAUGGAUACAGUAUACAGGCAACGACGGCACCGUCUACCUCGACGACAACAGACGCCCUUCUUUGUACACUCAGGAUUUUGGGGAUUGCCAGGGCGACUCACUUAUCAAUGUCACCCGGUUCGAUGCGGCCUACUACAAGGACAACAUGACCGUUCUCUUUCACCUGGAGGGAAACUCAGCCCUGACAAACGAGAGUCUGAUGCUAUAUAUUGGCGUUUUUGCUUACGGAGAGUCCCGUUUUAAUCUGACGUUCAAUCCAUGCAACGCCAAUAUCAACUCCCUCUGCCCUCUUAACUCGUCUAUACCCAUAAACGCGAAUGGCAUUAUCCCUGUGGCACCAUCGGACGUGGCCAAUAUUCCCUCUAUUGCACUGACCAUCCCCGACUUCGAAGGACAGGCAAUUCUUCGAAUUUUUGCCAACUCGACUGAAUCUCAGAUUGCUUGCUUCUCUGCGGUGGUGACCAAUGGAGCUUCUUUUGCGCAUCCGUCGGCCGUGGCUCCUGUCCUCGGCGCAUUCGCCGUCGUCGCCUUGAUCUCUUCGGCGGCUGUGGCCAUGUAUGGACAUGAUAUUGCUGAUACUCGGAAGCACUAUGCCCACUCGGUCUCCGUUUUCGUGGUGUUCUCGGUCUAUCAGCACAUCUUCUUCACUGGAGGACUCUCUAUGAAUUGGCCGAGUGUUUUGGUCUCAUUCUGGAGUAAUUAUGCAUGGUCAGCUGGGAUCAUCUACAGCGAGAAGAUGCAGAAUUCGAUCAACCAGUUCAUCGGUAAGAACUAUGGAAAUAUCAGCAUGGUUGGCGCUGCUCCCAAUGGCCAAAAUGCCGUUGGCCUCGGAGGCGGCUAUGAAAUCACACAGAUCUACAAACGAGCGGCUCCAACCUCGUUUGGUUUGGGAGAUUUGCUAAAACGACAGGCCACGAACACCACAAACGGCACUGCUCAAUUCUCCUGGUAUGGAACACCAGUGCUCCCAGGACUGCCACUUCCAGGGAAUUAUUCCGGCUUUGCUGGAACUUUGGCCGAGAUCAAUAUACCUGCGUCCAACGCAUUCCUCACAGGACUUUUGUGGUUCCUCAUCCUGAUAGCUUGCCUUUUGGCUGCUGUUUCCUUCCUUAAAUGGAGCAUUGAAGGUUUGGUCGCCGUUCGACUGGUCAAGACAACCCGACUUGGCUAUUUCAGGAAGCGUUGGCUCUGGUUCAUGGCUGUAGCUGUUUUGCGGACAUGCUACAUUGCUUUCUUCAUGAUGAUGUUCUUAACCAUGUUCCAGUUCACUUUAGGGGGAGCCCACGGUGUCAAGGCCAUCGCUGCGGUGAUCCUGACCAUUUUCCUGGUCGAAAACCUAGCCGUUUCCGGGUAUGCCCUUUGGUACAGGACCAAGUCUGAGGUAUUGCCGGAAUUACAAGAGCAGGCGAGCCAUGAAUCUCGAGGCAACGAGAAUGUCGGGAAGUCAGCUUGGUACAAGAUCAGCUUUAAGAAAGUGCCCGAAGCCCAAGUUACCGAAGGCCAGACAAGUCGAACAAGAACAUGGUUCCAGAAACAUUUCCCAGGUGCGACCCCUGGCAGAGUUCAUGUUCACGACGACGAAAACUACAUCAUCAGAUUUGGCUGGCUGGCGUCAAGAUUCCGUCGCAGUAGAUGGUGGUUUUUCUUCGUCUGGUUGAUCUAUGAGCUUGUGAGGGCCGCAUUCUAUGGUGGAGCUGCAGGCCAUGCUUUGACUCAGGUCUUUGGUCUGCUGGCUUGGGAGAUUAUCGCUCUGGUAGCAAUCGUGCUGUUGAGGCCAUUCGAGAGCAACCGACUGAACUUGAUCAUGGUCUACCUGCUGGGCUUCAGCAAAGUGGCAACCGUGGCACUGUCAUCAGCAUUUGAUGCUCGAUUCGGGCUGGAUCGAAUCAUGACCACGGUGAUUGGAGUGGUCAUCAUCGUCAUUCAGGGGAUUUUGACCAUCUGUCUGAUGAUUGCCAUCGUUCUUGGGGCGAUCUCCAGUUACAUGUCCAUCACGCGUUAUCGAGAGACUAUCAAACCCAAAUCAUGGCUGAAGCCUCGGACACGAUAUUUCGCCCAUGUCGAUCGUAAAGCAACUGAUCGACCGAAGCCACCUGCGCCAACUCCACCGCCAGAGCCUGAAGCGCCGAAGGAACCGUACUUUAUGGUGUCAAGCGUCCGACGCCAGCCCAAAAUCGAGGACGAGGAUCCAGACAAUCAGAUGGCCGAGUUGUACAUGUCACCACGGGCUUCGAUGGACCCCGAAAAGGAAGCCAGUUAUCAGGCAGGCGUGUCUCGAUCACAGUCCAUGCGGUCUCGAACUAGUGUAUCGAACCUGCCUUAUGGAGCGAGGGCUCAUCGUGUCAGCUGGAGCACAAAAGACUUUCAAGAAAUGGGCCUUGAGCAGGCCGCCCCGGCUGCCAAUCCAGUACAUGCACCCAUGAGUGUAGAGAGCAUCCGUGACGUACCCAGCAGGCACCGGUCAGCAAGUCUGCGGGGAGCAUCAAGAGCCGGCACACCGAUUGGGGAGGUCAAUGAUCUGCCUGCCAGCUCAGACGUUCCGGCCCAUCGUCGUGGGCAUCGACGGAGCGUGUCGACGCCAUUGGGGUCAAUGCGCAGAAACACGACCGUUGACGAGGAAAAAGAGAACGACCCAGACACAAUACCCACCAAUUGUCCCGGAGUGGACAACGACGCUGCAAACGAAGCGACGAGACGUUGA